AUGGCUGACAUCGUUCCAACUUUCAGACUCGACAAUGAACUCACAGUCGUUACUGGCGCCUCAGGAGGACUGUCCGACGCUAUCCUCAAGGGCCUUCUCGCUUACGGUUCUGAGAUCGCCCUUUUGGACAUGAACCUCGAGAGAACAAAGGAGACUCAGGCAGAACUCGUCAAGUUCUGCAUCGAGGAGCUCAAGAUCAAACAGGAAUCUGUUCCUAAAAUGCAUUCGUACGUCUGCGACAUCAGCGACGCAGACCACGUGAACGAGGUGUUUGCCAAGGUCUACGCAGACUUCGGCAAGUACCCUCUCCACCUUGUCAACACCGCCGGCUACUGCGAGAACUUCCCUGCGCACGAGUACCCGGCCAAGAACGCCGAGAGACUCGUCAAGGUCAACUUGUUGGGCUCCUUGUUUGUGGCCCAGGCCUUUGCCAAGCCGCUCAUCGAGCACAACAUUAAGGGCGGUUCCGUGGUCAUGAUCGGCUCCAUGUCCGGAGAAAUCGUCAACGACCCACAACCACAAGUCGCCUACAACAUGUCCAAGGCUGGUGUCAUCCACAUGGUGAAAUCCUUGGCUGCUGAGUGGGCCAAGUACAACAUCAGAGUUAACACUCUCUCCCCAGGUUACAUCCUUACACCACUCACCAAGAACGUCAUUAACGGUAAUGAUGGCAUGUACCAGAGAUGGUUGUCUGGCGUCCCAAUGGGCCGUCUUUCCGAGCCAAAGGAGUUCACAGGUACCGUGCUUUACCUGCUCUCCAACUCUGCCUCGUCCUACACUACAGGAACCAACAUUACUGUUGAUGGUGGAUUCACAUGUUGGCGGGAUGUAGCCCUUGUGGCUGAGCUUAUUCCAGUCAAUGUCUUUGAAGAACUCGUGGUUCUUGAUCUCCUCGACGCCGUUGUAGCCCAGUCUCUUUUUUGGGUCUCUGUUGAGCAGUCGGGUGAUCAGAUCGCGCGUUUGCGGGUCAAAGUCUGCGGGGAACACCAGUGGAUCGUUCAGGAUCUUUCUGUACAUGGUGUUGACGUCCUCGUCGUAGUAUGGUGGCAGACUCGUGAGCAUCUCGUAGAGCAAAACUCCCAAAGUCCAGAAGUCCACGACUCUGGUGUAGCCCUUACCCAUCAGCAACUCUGGAGCAAGGUACUCGGGCGUGCCGCAGAACGUGUUGGUCUUCUGGUCCAAUUGCAUGUUGAUCUUACACAGACCAAAGUCGCAUAG